AUGCUUAAUAAACGUGAGGAUUUAUGUCGCAAAAUCAUAACAAAAUAUCUUGGUCCACCUUCAUCAAUUCGUAAACCAGAUUUCUUAAAAACGCCAGAAUACCCAACUGGAUUAGAACUCGAUAUCCCAUACUAUGAUUAUGGCUUUGCGAUUGAAGUACAACAAACUCGGGAUCAACUUAAGGAUGAACUCUGUGAAGAAAAUUGGAUAGCAUUAAGAUAUGUUUGGUAUUAUGAAGACCCAUUCGAGAAAAUUCCAGAUAUCCUUCGAGAACUGGGUCUUAUUCCUUAA